UUCCUCGGGGCAUUGUCCAUCAGCACACUUUCUACAACACUUAUUACUAACUAUCAAACAUGCAAAUAUUCACGAAUAUCACGUCUUUGAUUGCUGCUGUCGGCGCCGUCGUCGGCCACGAUGUAAUCGACGAACAAGCAGGCCUCAGCGAGUAUCAGACUGACAUGCUUAACUACCACAAUGUGCACCGCUGGAACCACACUUCGGAAUCUCUCUCCUGGAGCCCGAAACUUGAAGCUGCAGCCAAGAGGACUGCUCAUAUCUGCAAGCUCAAGCACGAUCGCGCAGGCCAAAACCUCGCCGGGGCCAUGAGAAGAGACGACGUAGGCCCGACUGUUUCUAACAUGUGGUACAACAACGAGUUCAGCAACUAUGACAGAUCCCCGAACGCAGCCAGCGAGCCGACGAAGCCAGGCAAAGUGUCGGGUCAUUUCACGCAGGUGGUGUGGAGUGGGUCUGAGAGGCUGGGCUGCUAUACUGCAGAUUGCAGGAAAACUCCUUUUGGGUUUUUCUUGACGGUUUGUAAUUACGAGCCUGUUGGGAAUGUUAGAGGGCAGUAUAAGAAGAACGUGCACAAGGCGAUUGGAUAUCCGGUGCUGAGACCGUAA